CAGCUAUGAGUAUGGAGAAUUUUUUGAAAAUACUGAUUUUCGUUGGGUGGGUUAGUUUCUCGAUUAGUGCAGAGAAAUGCAUGGUUUCUGUAUCUUAUUUGCCUGCUGGAGUCGAGUUCACGUGUGUUGGAAUAUCAACCUUGCAUCAGAAGUUUGACAAGGCUUAUAAAAAUACGACGGCUAUUACAAUACAAGAUUCAAACUUGAUGGUUAUUCCAGACAAUCAAUUUUCAACAUUUGGAACGACCCUCAAAUCACUAGACAUUCACGAGUCGCGGAUUCGUACCAUCGAGACUAAUGCAUUUUGGGGUCUCGUUUAUUUGGAGAAGUUAAGCCUCUGGGGAAACAACUUGACGUGGGUACCAGCUGAUUGGUUCACUCAUCUAACGAAUUUGAGGACUCUGGAUAUAUCAUUUAAUAGCCUUUACGCAAUUGAUUACAACAUUUACUACAAGCUACCAAAUCUGAAUACUCUCAAUAUCGCUAAUAACAAACUCAAGAUAAUUGACUACAACUUGAUUCCGGCUAUGACACAGUUGAGAAAGUUUAAGUUUGGAAAUAAUCCGUUGGAUUGGUCGUAUCGAGUACUAUUGACAUGGCAACUGGAUAAUCAGAGGGUGGACUAUCGUGACAACUGGGAUAAUUGGGAUUGGAUGAGCAGCGCCAUUCAAGAAUGUCAGAAUAGUGGGUAUGCGACAGUACCAGAUGUGAAGCUACUAUACUGUGGGUUCGGAAAAUUGGUCGAGUUUCUCAGCAAAAAUGUGUCCUCUCCCCUUCAGAGCUCAUCAACAUUGCUAAAUCCGAGUCAUCCUUCGGUUCAAGCUUUCUCAAGGUUGAACCAGUGCGUCAGAUCAAAGGUGACUGGGGAUGGAUACUUGCUGUCGUUGAAAUUAUUGGAAACUUUAUCACAAGAGUUACGACUGAUUGGGAAUCCAUUAACCAUGUUUCAUCGUCUAUAAUCACGUUACAUAAUGAGUAUACAUCAGCAAUAUCGAACCGCACACCUUUUCUUUUCAAUUUAGAAUUUCUGAACAUUCAAGUUUUGAAGUUGAUGGGCAUUAGAAGUUUAUGAGGUUUACAUUAUAACUAUUCCAAAAGUUUUUACAGUGAUUAAUAUCUAUUGAAGAAUCCUCUCUAACGUCCGUUAUUAUUUUUCAUCGCUUGUGCGUAAAGUGGAAUUUGGUAACACUACAGAAGACCCCCACCUUAGAUUCAUGAUUUUAUAUAUUGAUUCGAUGCAUUUUGACGCGUUAUUAUAACGGGGAAAAUUAUAGAAAAGGUCGCUCCCAAAAACUCAAAUUAAUAUGGUUGAUAUGGAGUGUGAAUAUUUCGUUAUCUGGGAACCAGGUCAUACAAUUUUAAGCUUCUACCUAUAUGAAUCAGCUACCUUCCUAGGCAGGUGAUCAUAUAGACGUACGGGAUGGCUCCCAAUAUUCUGCCUUAUUUUUUAAAGGUAUAAAUUCAAUUUAGAAUUCUCAGAUAAAGGUAUACAUUUGGAAAAAAAUUGAUUGAAUAGUGAGGUCAUAAUCAAACCUCAUCAGCUCUUAGCGUAACCCAGAAUUUACGACAUGGACGUUACUGGUGUAGACUCCCAAAAAAUUCGUGAGACUAAAUCUGGAAAUAACAAAGAAUUUAAAAAUUCAAAAAUUGGUAGAAUUAUGAGUAGAUACAUAUAUUGUGUUACCGAAAAUUACGAACGCUCCUAGUGCGGAAAAUUCCACUAGGGGAUAUUCGGCCAAGGUGCCUCCUUGGACGAGAAGCACUUCCAUUUGCUAGAAAACAGCUAUUCUACAAUUUAUAAUAAAAAGGAGAUGGCCAGAAUGUGUCACGCGUUUAUUUUUCCAGAGCGUUUUCGCGUUGUCGCCAUAAUGUAUUGUCAAAUCAUCAGAAGACAUAAUUCAUGAUGAUGCGAACAUGUUUGUUAUCUAUAAUAAAAAGGAAAUGACCAAAA